CUAGCUUCACACACAUAAAUAAAAGACAUAACCUAAAAUUAUUCACAUUUAAAGUUUACAAGUUUACAAUUCUUAAUUUCAAACUUACAAUCUUUUUAUUUGAAAUUUACAGUUUUUUUUUUGAAUCUAGGUUUCUCCCUCGGUAUUUUUACAUCCACUAUGGAACUUUUUGUUGUCAAUAGGCAUCAAGAUGAUGAACCUGAUUUACCCAAAGAUGAAGAAGAAAAAUUAAAUCAAACACUUUCAAAAAUCCAGAGGAAUAAAAAAUUGCGGAAUAAGCAAAAAGAAAAAGAGCAGAAAAUAAAAAGUGCUAUAGAAAGAACUACUCAAGCCAGACAGAAUAAAAGGGAAGCUAAAAAGCGUAAAGCAAAUUUUGUUAAAGUACCAGACAAUACAAAUGAUGAGUUUUUAGGAACUGAAGAAUUUGAGGAAAAUGCGGAGCAGAGGCUUACAGAAGAAUUAAAAACUGAUGUAGAAGUCAAAGAAGAAAAAGAUGCUUUAAGCGAUAGUAAAAGUGCAAAGAAAAUAAAGCUAGAUCCAUCAGAUGUGGAGGGGUUUACAAUCUUAGGAGGUGAUCAAUUUAAUAAGAGAACUAAGGUUAAAAGAGUUUUACCAAAAUGGCUAUUGAAUCCAACAGUAAUUUCCAUCAAUUUACAAAAACUUGAGACUAGAGUUUCAGAUAUUAAAAUCUUGGACAAACAUAUUCGUAAAUUGCUAAAAGCUAAUGGCGUCGAGCAUUUUUUUCCUGUUCAGGCAGAAGUUAUUCCUUGGUUAAUAGAAAGUAGUCGGCAGGCGGAUAUAAUAUUUCCAAGGGACAUCUGUGUUUCGGCACCAACUGGCAGCGGCAAAACCCUGGCAUUUGUCUUACCUGUCGUUCAAGCAAUAAAGAAAUAUUCUAUAAAAAAAAUUAGGUGUUUAGUCAUAUUGCCCACUCAGGAUUUGGCUAGACAGGUAUUUUCAGCAUUCAAAACAUAUUCGGAAGGCUCCGCUAUAGAUGUUGGGCUUGUAACUGGACAAAAUAGCUUCGAGGUUGAGCAAAAACAAAUUGUUACUAAAAAUGAAGCUUUUGGAUAUAUAACGAAGAUUGACAUAUUAGUCUGCACUGCUGGAAGACUUGUCGACCACUUAAAAAUGACCGACGGCUUUGACUUACACUCAUUGGAAUAUUUAAUUAUCGAUGAAGCCGAUCGAGUUUUAGAAAACGUACAAAACGAUUGGUUGUAUCAUCUAGAAAAACAUAUCUUUCCUACAGGACCCCCAAGGAUUUUAAAUCAGCACACUCUCGAAGGACAUAGACCACCGCAAAAACUAUUAUUUUCAGCCACACUAUCUCAGGAUCCAGAAAAGUUGCAGCAAUUGUCUCUAUUUCAGCCUAAAUUAUUUACAUCUAUUGUGGAAUCCUCAGAAGAGUCUGGUGAUAGUAAAUUCAAAGUUGCUACUGAUACUUUUAUAGGAAAAUAUACUACGCCAAAUGAACUUACUGAAAGGUAUAUAGAAACGUCUGUGGACCUGAAGCCAUUGGUGUUAUAUAAAUUUAUUAAGCAAGAAAAGUUAAGGAAAACAUUAGUAUUUACUCAUUCAGUAGAAAGUGCACAUAGAUUGACGAUAUUGUUGAAAGCUAUGUUUAAAAAUAAAAUAGACAUACAGGAAAUAUCAUCGCAUCUACAACCAAAAAGUCGAGCCGAACUGAUUAGUAGAUUUUCUAAUGGAAAAAUCGAUUUAUUAAUAUGCACGGAUGCUUUAGCUAGAGGUAUCGACUUACCGGGCGUACAAUGUGUUAUAUCAUAUUCUGCCCCUAAAUAUCUAAAAUCGUACAUUCACAGGGCAGGAAGGACUGCAAGAGCCGGUGAAAAAGGGUUAGCGGUUACAUUUUUACACAGCUCUCAGCUGCCUAAAUUCAAAGCUUUGCUCAAGGAUGCUAAUAAAAAUAAUGUGGAAGAGAUUAAGAUAUCCGAAGAGGACUUGGAGCCUUUAGAAAAGAACUACAAAGAAUCUUUGGUGAAAUUAAAGGAGGCAGUGGAAAAAGAAGACAAAACCGAUCUUAAGAAGACAAAGUCUGCAAAGAAAUUUAGGCCUAGGUUGCAGGUUAAAAGUAAACUUACCACCGAUAAAAUUUUAUAGUAUACAGACGUUGUAAAUAAACUAUAUAAAAAUGAA